AAUAAUGCCUGAUUAUUUUAAAGCAAUAUGUUACAAGUAUGAUUAUGCCCUUCUGUUCCAGCAAUCACAAGACCCUUUAAUGAGAGAGGUGUACCGAAAGAUGAUACACCCAGAACUGGACAACCUGCCUGGCAGCGCUACUGAAGGCUUCAAGCGUCUCUGCACGAGAAAUAAAUACGCUUUCAUUUCUCCAGAGAUAAAUUCAGAGACCGAGAGAGAGACGCUGCCUUGCAACGUGGUUCGCAUUCCGGGAACAGCCAUCCCUUCACAUCUCAGCAUGGCGGUCGCCAAAGGGAGCCCAUACAAAGGAAUAUUAGACCAUUACUCCUUGCAGCUGUCAAGUAACGGAAUCAUAAAACGGCUUUACAGACAAGCGUACACAUCGAGGGCAUCUACCGCUAACCAGAACUUCCAGCAAUUAGACUUCCAGGCGGUCACGCCACUCUUACUAGUGCUGGGGACUGGAAUGGUUCUAUCCCUUCUUCUGUUUGUGGUUGAACAUAUUGUUUACAAUUUCUAUGCAGGUUGCCAUGAACAUCUGAUUUACAGACAACGGCGUAGGAAAUUGUUAACGUCAGCAAAGGUCCCAUUAGUCCGAAAAGCCCGUGCAAUACAUGCGAUAAAGAAGCAAGACGCAUUCGUUAAAGUGCAGAAGAAAAAGUCUAGAAGGGAAUUAAAACUUUCCAGAAGCUUUUGUAAUAAAAUACAUGUCGGGCUAACCCAAGAGCAGAACAAGGGAAUGGGAUUAAUUUUUUUCGAGAAAAAAUAAGCAUGAAGAAUGACAUGAAUAUUACUUUUACGUUGCAUUACACACACAAAAGGUGCGUGGUUUGAUUUUCGAUCAGGAGGUCGGCAACAGUGGCUGAGAUUUUCGUGGUUUUUCUUAUCACUUAAAAACAUGUCGCGACCUCUUCCUUUGAAACUCAUCUUCACGCGCAUCUUCAUAUUCUGCUCCAUAUAAGUUAUUCUGUUCAGAAAACGCUAUUAAUUAAACCAACAGCGUACACAAAACGUUAUAACAACUGGCCCAUGUGAUUCGGUCAGCUGCAAGAUG